UUCGUGUUCCUUGAGUUGGUUUUGUGCGGAUACAACGUCGGAUGUGUCGAAUAUAGUAGCAGCGUGAGUGCCAGGAUCGUAUACAGAUCGUAUCUCAUUCGUGAAACGUUACGACGAGCUUGUCGCUAGCGUCUCGUUGCUGUCAAUGCUGUCUCAUAUUCGUGUAACGUUACUCGAUUCUCCGUUUGCCUUGCAAUCUUCGUUGCUUCUGAUCGGCCGCGAUCGUAUCAUAUUUUGUUGGAGCUCGUGUAUGAUAUGUUACGCGCGCAUUAUCGUGAAUGCCGAAUAAAAUAUCGGGCCGUUCGACCGAAGCUUGGUGCGUUAGCGACGGCGUCAACCCGUUGGUCGAUCGCAUUUUUCAAUCAGCACCUGUUUAUUUUCGGUUUCAAUUCGUAUGUUUAUUAAUGUGUGAGAACGCGACAUAAUCGUCCGGCAAUGGUUGCGACCAACCGGUCAAGAGGUUAUGUUGCGCCGCGCGCGAUUCCUUGCCUUCCUUGGCGCUUGAGAUUCGUCGUUUGCCGGGACGGUAACUUUCUCCACGAAGUCGCGGGUAUGGUAUCGUAAGUGCUGAACAAUAUAUCGUGCGGUCAUCGUUAUAGUGCGAUUCGAGAGCGACAAAAGGAGACAUCGUCAGCGAAGGACAACCUCCGUGGAGCAAUUCGGUUGACGUUGAAAACUCAGCUGCUGCGCAUCAUGCGUCGGAUUUUUUCUGCCAAGGACCGGUCUCCGCGCUGAUAAAUCAACGUCGAAACGAUCUCGUGGCUGAUCGGUUUCGUGAGAGGAGUCACGUUGUGGAAAGAUGCAUUUUACGCGUCGCCGUAGGACCCCAGCGAGGCCGAGAUCGGCGUACAGUUUUCCGGCACGGCGGCAAGAGAGGUGGAGAAGCAGCUGUUUCCAGGCUGAACGGAGCAGCGACGACGGCGGCGGCGGACCGGUGGCGAACUUCGGUUCAGUCUGGUUGCGACCGUCGCGCGGUUGGGUUGCAUCUUGCAUCGCGGAGUCAGUCUAUUCUCACAACGGAGUACCGCGUCGCCACGUGCAUCCGCGCUCGUCGCCCGCUCUCUUUCUCUCUCCGGCGGAGCGAUCCGCGCGUCCGAAUUUCACCGGAUCGAGUUUCGCGAGAGGACGAGUGGACGAGAAGACGCCGUCAUCGCUCGAGUUCGGCUCGAGUUUACCUUCGCAGAGCAACGUUGCCGAUGAAAGUCCGGGAUCGCUGGCUGGAUCUUCUCUGCGUAUAAUCACAACCAUGGUAUGACACUUGAUUGAGGUAGCCAGUCCAUAAACGACCACCAACCGCUGCCGCCGCCAUGAGCAAGCUAUUUCAAUUUCUGGCCCUCCUUCUGUUGAGUGUCAAUGCCAGACGGACCGACGGAGACAGACCUGCGGAUGACGCGUACGCCGGUCAGCAGCGUCGCGGCUCCCUCCACAAGUCGAAUUACAACAGCAAUAAUAAUUACAAUCAUCAGCCGAACUCUCCCUAUCUGCCGCACCAGCAGCCCAGGGAGCGGAAGCCCAACAUCGUGCUGAUUCUGACGGAUGAUCAAGAUGUUGAACUGGGUUCGCUGAACUUCAUGCCACGGACUCUGAAGCGAAUAAGGAACGAGGGCGCCGAGCUGAGACACGCGUACGUGACCACUCCCAUGUGCUGUCCGAGCAGGAGCUCUUUGCUCACUGGUCGUUACGUUCACAAUCAUGAGGUCUUCACAAACAACGACAACUGCAGCAGUCCCCAGUGGCAACGAGAUCACGAGCCGCACUCCUUCGCCACUUACUUGAGCAACGCGGGAUAUCGGACAGGAUACUUCGGCAAGUAUUUGAACAAAUACAACGGCUCGUACAUACCGCCAGGAUGGCGGGAAUGGGGUGGCCUUAUAAUGAACUCCCGCUACUACAACUACAGCGUCAACAUGAACGGCAAAAAGAUAAAGCACGGCUUUGACUACAGCCGGGACUAUUAUCCGGAUCUGAUAGCCAACGACAGCGUGGCUUUCCUCAGGCAGAGCAAACACAAUUUCGCCCGGAAGCCUGUGAUGCUAGUCGCGAGCUUCCCGGCGCCGCACGGCCCGGAGGACUCGGCGCCGCAGUUCUCGCAUCUCUUCUUCAACGUCACCACUCAUCACACGCCAGCGUAUGAUUACGCACCAAAUCCUGACAAACAAUGGAUACUCCAAGUUACGCAGAAGAUGCAGCCUAUUCAUAAACAGUUCACGGAUCUCUUAAUGACAAAACGGCUGCAAACCUUACAGAGUGUCGACGCUGCCGUAGAUAGAAUUUAUCAAGAAUUGAAAGAUCUGGAUGAAUUGGAUAAUACGUAUAUUAUUUAUACAUCCGACCACGGAUAUCACUUGGGGCAGUUCGGACUUAUAAAAGGCAAGAGCUUUCCGUUCGAGUUCGAUGUGCGAGUGCCAUUCCUUAUUAGAGGUCCUGGAAUUGAGCCUGGAUCCAUAGUAGACGACAUAGUUUUGAACAUCGAUCUGGCGCCGACGUUCCUGGAUAUCGCCGGUGUCGAGACGCCGUCACAGAUGGAUGGUCGUUCCUUCAAGAAACUCUUUCUCAAUAGCAAGCACGGCAGAAGGUCGAAGUUCAAGUGGCCUGACACAUUCCUGAUCGAGUCCUCCGGCCGCCGUGAGACUCCGGAAUCUAUCGCUGAAUCGAAAGCCCGAGAGGCUAGGCGACAAAAUGCCACCCAGGCCAAGCGGCCGGAAGAGGAAGACGAUGAUAUCGCUGAUCCAGACGCGGACAUCGAAACAGACCAUCGAUUUAUCGAGAACGACACCGGAAGCGACCAGGACAUAUCAGACGACGAGGAUUUUGAGGACUCGACGAUUGAUGAGACAAGCUCAGAUCCACAUCUCGACAAUAGGGUACAUCCGAUGCACUCGCCUUUCGCGACGAAGCACGAGCGUCUCGCGGCAGAGUGCUCACGACCGGAAGCGCAGACUGAUUGUCUCCCCGGACAGAAGUGGCGAUGCGAGAGGGACGGACACCGCUGGCGACGGUAUAAGUGCAGAUACGCGGCGCCUCCACCACCGCAGAGGGUGUCCAAAAAGUGCGCUUGUUUCACCCCUAGCGGUGUGGUUUACACGAGGCUCGAUUCUAAUGAUUACGAUGGACAAAGGUACGCGAGGGAUCGCCGACCCAUGGAUCCUUACGAAGAUUCGUCGGGAUACUUUGCCAAACGAGGCAAGCGACAAGUAUCAGUAUCAGUAUUGUCCGCCGUAUCAAGUAGUGGGAAAUCAGGUAGUGGGAAAUCAAGUAGUGAGGAAAGUAAGCAAUCUUAUAGUAGCAACUCUGAUAGCAGAGAUAGACGCGCGAUUGAUGAGGAAGACGAUGAUAAUAUGAUGCAAGAAUUAGAUAUGCUGGCGCAGAAAGAGAACCAAGAGUACAGGAGAAAAGAUCUUGAAAGAGAGGGCAGUAAAACAGGAAUUAAGAACAUUGAUGAAACUGACGAGCUAGACAAAUAUAUUGUCAAUUAUUUGGAUUAUGGCUAUUCGAUAAAUGACUUUGAUCCUACUUUGGAUAAGAUUAUUAACGGUCGAUUAAAUGUGGACGAUGUAAUAAAAAGGCAUCGAAGGGUACGAAGAGAUGUUACUAAAAAGGAUACUAUAGAGCACGUUACGAAAAUUAUGGAAAGCAUAGAGGAAGAACUAGAUGACUUAAAGCAAACUCAAGUUCGUCACUUGUCGUCCGAGAUAGGAAAGUCACUGUCGCCAAAAUGUUUAGUUUUACCGGAAGGGGGUGUAAAUUGUACUCAAGCUAUAUAUCAAGAUCCUAAUGAAUGGCGAAUAUCCAGACGAGAGAUCGAGCAGCAAAUCCGAGAGAUGCGAAUGCAAUUGGAAACAUUGAAAGAAAUUCGUAGGCAUUUAAUGAUCAAACGACCACAAUUUCCGGAUAACGAAGAGAAGCUUGCUGAUGCAGAAGAAACUCGCAGUUCGCACAAAACUCACCAUCAUCCCCCAAAAGGACACGCAAGCCGCCAUCAUAAAAAGCACGAUAAAGUUACUCACACUACAGAUCUUAUCACGGAUACAACUACGGAGUCCGCUACGAAGAUUAAUACAGUUCCGGACGAUGAAAAAACGUCGACGACGGAAGAGAAGUCUGAUAAAUUCAGUACAAUUCCUAUCGAAACUUCUACCACGGAGACUAUUGCCGAAACAUCGACGACGAUUCUAACGACGGUUAAACCGAAGAAAUCGCCUCGUCGCCAAAAGACUAAGGAGACAUCCACGAAUAGAACGGAAGUUGAAGAGGAUAAGUCGCAAAGACGCAGAAAAACGCAUCAUCAUCGUAGAAACAAUACUUUGCUUACUAAUAGCGUACAUGACGAUGUCCCGCGUGUAACGAAUGUGAACACAACGUACGUUACCAGCGACGUGACAUGGCCUACACAAAAUCCAACGAUUCACGAAAGACACAAUUACGGUAGACCCAAGUUUACGACUGUUCCUGUCAGCACGAUCACAGAAGCAAACACUAUGAGACAAGGGACCCAAUAUUUAGAAGUAACCAGGAAUAAUAAUGACUUUAACGAAGAUCGUACUACGGAAUCGACGAUUACUGAAUCCAGAACGACUACAACAAUGACUUCAACACACAUGACGGAAGUGCCAAGAACCAAUCCGGCUAUCGAUAAAAGUUUUAAUCGAUUUCGAAAUGCGUCCAUCACGUCACCAACGACUACAUCAGUGAAGAGAUAUCCCAAGGUACAGAAGAACAGGACAUUGAGUGCUCUCGGACCAGCGAGAAUCGAUGUUACCAUUCUUGAAUCUCCCGAUAGGAAACACAAACAAGCUAUAACCACAACUAGUAACAAUGGUCGACUGCCACCGAUUCUAAAUUCUCCGAUAGAAGCGCGACACAAAUGUUAUUGUGAGCCGGAUACAAAAAAAGAUGAGAAAGAGAUCGCUAGGGAGGAAAGACGAAGAUUAAAGGAGGAACGUUUAAAGAAGAAGGAGCGAAAACUCAGGAAGAAAGCCAAGCUGGAAAAGGAAUGCCUGACGGAAAAAAUGAACUGCUUCGAGCACGAUAACGAUCACUGGCGUACCGCGCCUCUGUGGAAUGCCGGGCCAUUUUGCUUUUGCAUGAAUGCUAAUAAUAACACGUAUUCGUGCAUACGUACAAUUAACAAGACGCACGAUUUCCUUUACUGCGAAUUUACCACAGGAUUAAUGACGUAUUACAAUUUAAGACUUGAUCCAUUUGAACAAUGGAACAGAGCGUCAUCUUUGACACCCACUGAAAAAUCUUAUCUGCACGAUCAAUUAGAGCACUUGAAAGGAUGCAAAGGUACAUGGGAUUGUACAGUCGGUAGCGCUAGAGAGUCUAUGCCGCAACAACUACAACAACAUCAACGAUAUAUUUCGAAAAGAAAAUACAAUGAUGCGUUUGCGGAAGAUAUAUUUGUACCUUCGGCAUUACAAAUUAUCCGCGAAAGCGAACUUGGCAGUCCACCUAAUAAAAGACGAAAGAAAUUACAAAAUUGGAAUAGGCGUAAUAGAAGCUGGCAAAGUAGCUGGCGACAUCAUCAAGAUUCAGUAAAUCCCCGACGUCAUAGUUAUAGACAUCAAUACUGAUUUAUCAUUUUUUUACGCUUCAAUCAUUGCGUGAGAAAUUGCCUUAGGUAUACAUUGAUUUCGCAAUGCAUUUAGUAACCUAAUUUAUUUAGUAAUAAAUAACGAAGAAACCGAGCUUAUAUUAGUUAAUAUUUAAAUUAACUCGAUUUGAUUAGAUCUUUGUCAUCCACAUUGUGCAUGUUUUCAAUCCAUUUUAUGGUGAUGAUUGUCUGAUUUAACAGUAGGAAUAUCAUGUAUGCACUGCGUGGAGCACAUUUACCAAUAUAUAAAAUAUGUAAUUUUUAUAUUAUUUAUAUAAGUUUUAUAUAAUUGAGACUAUGAAUAAUUGAAGACGUAGUUAGGUAAUUUGUUCUAUUUCGUAAAUGUUUUUAUGGUAAUUUAUUUUUGAAGGAAAUAUUUAGUGAGAAAAAUAAUUAUAAUAUGUAAACAACGUGUCUAAAUGUGAUUUUUUUAAAGAUAUGCGUCAACUAAUCGCAUUUAUUUAAAAAUUAAUAAAUUAAAUUUGACGACAUUACUUUCCUCACUGUUAACACGUCAAUAUAUCAACUAAUGUCAAUAUACAGUUUUGCUGAUAAUUUUUUAUUUACGAGAAGUAUAUUUAUCAGAAUAUAUUAUUACUGAAAUCAGCUGUGUAAUAGAAGACUGAAUGACAACGAAAGGAAUAACUUUAUCUUCCCUUGCCAAUUGCAAUCUUUCUGCAAUAUAUUAUUUAUAUAACAAUCAGAUAUGUUUAUCAAAUGCUGCCAUUUUUUUAGCCUUUCCUAUUGCCUUUAUAAAAUAUAUACACGUAUCCUUAUAUAAUAAUGCACUGCCAGAACAUUUAUAAGCAUUGAUAUUCUUUGUAUCUUGAUAUUGAUUCUAAAAAUGGAUGAUCUAAGCUUCACAAUUAAAUGUUUAAGAUUAUUCAAAAACUAGAAAUAUUAUUGUAAUUAGAGAACUUUUAUUUGGGGCUUUAAAUCUUUUAACGAUAAAUAUUUGUCGCCAUUGUUUUUCAGCACAGCUGUUUUAGUAUAGUAAAAUAAUUAUUGAUAACGCAUAAUAUACAUUGAGGAAAAGUAGAAUGCUGGCGUAUAUUAAUAAAUAUAAUUAAUAAGGAAUAAUACAAAAAUAAAUGUGAUAUUUACAUAUUUUAACAUAGUCCUUUAAUUGCGCUAUAAUUAUUUCUUAAUUAUUUAACAUGUUUAUGACGUAUUGCAUGAGAUUCUUUGCAGAUAUUGUAAUAGUUCAUAAAUUUGAAUUAUUUGUUUUAAAUAAAAUAUGUAACAGUGAA